AUGCCUCGCCUUUGCCUCGCACAAAGACAGUCCAAGACGCUCUCCACUCAAUCCAAUAUGUAUCGCACCCGAGUCCUCGCUAUGCAGCCUACGCGCAUGCUAUACAUGCGGCAGUCGCCCCGGAUGAUGAGACCGGUUCCGAAAGAAGAGCACGGCGCCCAUACAGUCUCCCAGCGCCUGCGCACCUUGAAGAAGAUCCCCGCUGAGUUGAUCCCCCUCGGUAAUGUCGCUGUUGGAGCUGCCAUCUACUCCAUGGGCCGGAAACUCUACACGGACAAGAACCUGCGAUUGAAGAGGCAGUCUGGGAGCCAGUAG